AUUCUGUAAGUCGUAACCUUUCUUCUUCCCCCUCUACUGCCAUGGAUUUCUCAACGCCUCCUAUUUUGAGACAGGCUUCAGAUUCUUCAGACAAGAUUACAUCUGCCGAUCCAUACCCUAUGGACCCAUUGUUGGAUCUUGAAUCCGGCACAAACCAUGAGUUGAGCAAACCUGUUCCAGGCGUGUGGCGGGUUCCUACUACCGACCUUUGCUGUAUCUACCGAGUCCCAAACUGUCUGCGUCGAGUUAGCCCCGAAGCAUACACGCCUCAAUUAGUCCUCAUCGGACCUCUUCACUAUUCUUUGAAACUCCAGGCUCUCAAGUCUCGUGGAGAUAUCACAAACGCAAGGUUAAUGGACUACUUAAACAUGGAAGAGCACAAGAAGUUUUACAUAGCGGAAUUCGCUAAAAGGCCUGAAGGGAAAAAUAUCAUUGAUGGAUUCAAGAGAGUGAUCAAAGAAGAUGAAGCUGUGAUCAGGGCAAGCUAUCUGGAAUCAACGGCUUGGAUUAAAUCCCCAAAGUUCGUGGAGAUGAUCCUACAUGACUCUGUUUUUAUACUAGAGUUCAUGUUGAGGCGUUCUGUGGAAGCAGCAACAGAGAAAACUGGGGAUCCUCUCAUUGACAAACCAUGUCUUGCACAAGAAAUCAAUAGAGAUUUAAUCUUGCUCGAGAACCAGAUUCCAUUCUUCAUCCUUGAAAAACUUUUUGAUCCAACAGUUUCAAAACUCCGCAAAAAGACAUUCCACCAAUUAACCAUCAAACAUUUUGAAUUCCAAGACGAGAAGGGAAGCGACGCAAAGUUCAGACAUUUCACUGAUUUGCUCAGGCUUGUCCGCGUGGAGACUGUUCCAGAUCAUGCUUUUGAGAGAUGUUACGAGCCCAUGUAUCAAAUGUAUAGUGCGGAUAAGCUAGAUGGUGGGGGAAUUAAAUUUGAGGCCGUGGAAAACCCUUUGUCGGUUUUGGUUACAUUCGAAAAGGGUGUUUUAAAGAUACCCAAGUUCUUGGCUGAUGACGAUGCGGAGAUAACGAUUAGAAACAUAAUGGCCCUUGAACAAUGUCAUUACCCGUUCAACUCUCAUGUUUCUGACUACAUCAUGUUCUUGGAUUUCCUCAUCGACACUAAGAAAGACGUGAGCUUGCUUGUCGAGAAAGGGAUAAUAACGAUCGGGCUUGGGAACCAUGGUUCCGUGGCCAAGAUAGUGAACAAGCUUUGUUUGGGAGUCUUGGACAAUGGCUCUUUCUAUACUGAUAUCGCAACAAAAGUCAUCAAGCACUACGGGAAUUCAUGCAAUAAGUCACGCUCCAUCCUCAGGCGUGUGUAUUUCAGCAACCUGUGGAGAGGGACAGCCACCCUCGUCGCUGCGUUUCUAUUGCUGCUGAGUCUUAUCCAGGCCGUGACUUCUAUCAUAGAUGUUAUUAAGGAGUGAAAUACUUUUCUCCCUUAAACGUGCUGCACAUUGUCGAAUACUUCGUGUCUGUUUUAAUUUAUAUCUUAUCGUCGUUCAAAUUAUUUAAUUAGCUAGUAGAAACUAGCAACAUCAGCUGUGCUUUCUCGAGAAUA